GAUCUGUCAAGCGGCGCUAUGAUGGCUGAUCAGCCCACGGAACCAUACCACUUCCACAUCUACAGCCACAAGCACAACUGCCACGUGACAGUUACCAAGCCCAACCGCGACGCCAUUGUAUCGCUGUCUUGCGGCAAUCUAGGGUUCAGAAAGAGUCAGAGGAAGACCUACGACUCGGCAUAUCAGCUGGGCGCCUAUGUCAUCGAUAAACUUCAGCAGGCUGGCUGGCACAACAAAAUUGACAAGAUGGAGGUGUCAUUGAGAGGAUUCGGACCGGGGAGGGAGGCGGUAACAAAGGUCUUGCUGGGUACUGAGGGAAAACUGCUGAGAGACAAGAUCGUGAAGGUAUCCGACUCAACCAGGCUGAAAUUUGGCGGUACGAGGAGUAAGCGGCCAAGGCGUCUGGGUUAA